ACCUGCGCCGAGGGCACACGCGCACGAAUAAGACCAUCGCGUUCAGGUCGUCUACGCGCGCGCGCGCACACGCAGCCUGGGUCGCAAAGAGAGAGGUCACGUGGGAGUAGCUGUGAAAAGGAAACCUCCAGGAAAGCGCCUCCAUCCUUUCCAGAAAUGCCCCGGAAGUGCCUGCUCCCUCAGUAAAGAUGGCGGUAGCACUUGCCAGGAGGGAGGCGGUGCUGCGCCUGCGCAGUAGGUUACGGCAAGGAAGAUGGCGGAUGACAAGGAUUCUCUGCCCAAACUUAAGGACCUGGCAUUUCUCAAGAACCAGCUGGAGCACCUGCAGCAGCGUGUGGAAGACGAAGUCAACAGUGGUGUAGGCCAGGUAAAGGAUGGUUCGCUCCUGUCCUCCCCAUUCCUCAAGGGCUUCCUGGCUGGCUAUGUGGUGGCCAAACUGAGGGCAUCAGCAGUAUUGGGCUUUGCCGUGGGUACCUGCACUGGCAUUUAUGCAGCUCAAGCAUAUGCCGUGCCCAAUGUGGAGAAGACAUUGAGGGACUAUCUUCAAUCACUGCGCAAGGGGCCCGACUAG